UUUAUGACAUUGUGGUUUUGGUGAUAACAAAAGUUGAUUGUUUUUAUUGCUGUGCAGCUAAAGUCAUUGUUGAUAGAGAAACAGGAAGGUCUAGGGGUUUUGGAUUUGUCAACUUUACUGAUGAGACCGCUGCUAAUACUGCCAUUUCAGAGAUGGAUGGAAAGGAUCUGAAUGGACGGAGCAUUCGGGUGAAUGUUGCUAACGAAAGACCAAGUACUCCUCGGUAUGGCGGAGGUGGUGGCUAUGGCGGAGGUGGUGGCUAUGGCGGAGGUGGUGGCUAUGGUGGAGGUAGCUAUGGAGCAGGUGGUGGUGAUGGUGGCGGUUACUAAACAGAGAGAGUUUCUUAUGAAAAGAUUUGAUGGUUUUUGUUUAGUUGGGUUUCUUUAAUUGAAUCUUGUGUUACAACUUGAACCUCGUUACCC